GUUGAAUUGCACCUUGGCGGAAAUUCACGUCGUCGUCCUCCUAUGAGCGCAACCACGGAGUCCGUGGCGAGGAAGGUUGAGGAGCUUCACGAACAAGUGGCGAGCCUAAAGUGCCAGAUCGUCGAGGCAGUUCGCAUAUUCAACGGGUCGAGUGCAAAUGCGGCGUCGACCAUGUCGAUUGACGAAGCGAUGCAGUUUGCGUCCAAGUGGUCGCGGCAAGGGGGAGGUCCGAGCGAAGUACAGAUUCGUUUGCACGAGCUUGAAGCCGUCUUGUCCGACACCGUCGCCCAGUUGCAACCGGAAGCGGCGACCCACCACCACAACCAACUACAAAUGUCGAUUGCGACCAAAACUCGACUGCAAGCUCAAAUCCAACAAUCGCGCGAGAUGCUCGACCUGCUCGACGUGCUGUCCCAAUUCGACAUGCUCUUUCAACACUUUGACACGCAGAUCGACCAGAACGCGUAUGAUGUUGCCGCUGCCGACGUCGCGUCCAUGGAGCGUCUCCUUCACGACAUCCGUGCCUCGUCGUCGUUGCAUGUCAUGGACAUGAUGCGGACUCAAACCCGCAUGCGACAGAAUCAACUGCAUUUUGCCCUCGACGCCAAAGUCGAUGCGGUGUGUGCAGUCAGCCCCAAGAAACUCGAACUCUUUCCCGCGCACGACUUGUGGCCAUCGCUGGAGGUAGCCCAUCGACUGUCUUUCCACCUCGACGCAUUGGCGUCGUCGAUCCAUCGGCACAUCUUGGUGCCUAUCCUGACCGACGCCAACGUCGACCCUCAGAUCCACUCCAACACGCUCGCGUUGUUGACAAAACCUGCUUUGUCCACAGCAAAUCCUGCCGCGGUGCCGUUGUUUGCCAAGGCUCUGCAGCACGUCCUGUCAGUGUUUCAGUUUAUUCACGCGCACUGGCCAGACCAAGCGUCGCUCGGCAACGUGCUCUGGAACGCACAUGCCGAAGCGCCGUUGCUAGCGCUGUUUGUGCAAUCGUUGCCGUCGUCGCUCGCGGACCUGGCGGCGUUCAAAGCCGCCGUUCAACCCGUCAUGCAUGGCUUCGAUGCGUCCAUGCACACGAUCGGGUGGACCGCCUCGUCGGCCCACUUCCUGGACCAUCUCGACUCGCGGUAUGCCGCGGAGAAGCGCGAGCGGGUCCUCGUCGCCGUUCGCCACUCGAUGCACAAGGACUACAUGGACUCAGUCGUUGUGUCGACAACCGACCACCACUCGACACUCUCGAGUGGCAAGAAAAAAGGCUCGACGGAUGCUGUCGUUCAUCCCGACCAGCCGUCCGAGCUGCGCGUGUCGCUCUGUGCAUCCAAGUUGUGGACGCAGGUGGAGUCGCUGCUGGACGAGGCAUCGCUCGACAACGACGCGUCCAAGGACGUGUCGUUGGCGCUGUUUCACACGGCGCGCGACGCGAUCUUUUUGUUUCGCAUGGGGCUCGCCAGUCUGCACAAAGAAGCGCUGGUGCAGGAUCCGCGGGUCGUCAUGCUCGUGCACAACGAUUGCAUCUUGCUCACGCACCACAUGCUCACGUGCAUGUACCGUCGCAAGUCGUCGCUGCCCCGUGGCGUCGGCCUCAUCGAUAUGGUCCCUGACGUCCGCGACUUUGGCGAACACGUCGUGAUGCACUUUGCCAAGACGCAAAGCGACAAGAUGCUGGCGUCGCUGCACACGUGCCCGGUACGACCGUUCGAUGUUCACGUGCAUGACGCGAUGGCCGUCGACUAGCCAUGGAGCGACAUGCUCGACGAUGCCGCGUUCAACCAAGCCGAAACGUGCUUGAAAGUCGUGUUGUUCCAACUGCAGCGCAUCGCGCAGCACUGGAACGACGACGGCCUCGACGUGUCUGCGACCGUGCUCGGCCGAAUGCUGCGUCCGCUGCUGCACCACCUCAUGCAGUCCCUCCUCCAUGCGACGGCGGCCGCCGGACCGAUGGACAAAGCGAUCCACAGCACACACCAUCUCUUUCAACUGUGGGUCGACGCCACCACGGACGGAUCGAUCUUUGCCUCGCCGUCCGUCGCCGAUAAACAUACGCCCAACUUGGCCAAGUUUCGCCUCCUCACGCAGCUCAUGGAAGACAGCGUCGAGAAUGUCCAGGACAAGUGGGUGUCGGGAGCGCUAAAGGACGUGGGCGCGGCAGACGUGGCGGCCUUUCUCAAGCUGGUAUUCCCCGACACUCCCCAGCGCGCAAAAGCCCUCGCCGCGAUCUCAAAGUUGAAGUAGAGCUCGUCCUAGGAGCGCCGUCGAGGUGGUGAAGACGACACUGGGCUCUGUCCGAAACGGUACAAGGGAAUGGUAGGCAUGGUUUUACACAACUUGUGAGCUUUCUGCGGCGUGGACGGUGUCGUUGGUCCGGUGUUGGUGCUUUUGCCUCUCGACGGCAUAUUUAGCCAGUGCCGACGGCAACGACGAAGCGAAACCGUAGACAAAAAUGCCUGAAAACACCAGCAGCAGCACUUGAUUGCGCACUCGCCGCGCGGCUUUGGCGGGAUCCCGCAGGUGUUCGGUGGAGGCAUGCAAACGCUCUGUCGUGUGCUUCAACGCGGCCGACGACGACUCGACCAACGCACUGCCGGCAUCGACCGCUUUCUUGGUCGUAUGGCGAUGGACAUACGCAGCCGAUUCCUUUGCCCUAGUCUUGACGCUGUCAGUCGUGGCCUGCACAACUUGUGCGCUCUUUGUCCCAACGCCGACGAUCGCUUGCUGUACCGCUUGCACGCCUUUCGAGGCAACGUGUGUCGUAGCAUUCUGUAGGGCUUGGACGCGUUUCGUCGUAGCUUCCACAGCUACCUUUUGCACUGCUUGAGCGCCUUGGUGAGAUUUGUCCUGGAUGUACUUUGCGCCAUGCGAGGUCGCGUCCACGAUCGACCGUUGAGCCGCGUCCAGUCCGCGGCGCGCCACAUCCAUCACUUGUGUCUUUCCCAGUUGUGACGUUGCAUCCGCAAGGGCUUUUCGAUCGGGCACCUUGGAUGAUGUUGAUACGUUGGCGGACGAACAAGAACGGCUUACCACGCGCUUCAACGUCGUCCACAGUCUGUCCGUUGUCGGCGAGUCCACAGGUGGGGAAGUCGUCGGUGCAGACGUCUGUGGUUUGUGGGCAUUCCCGUUCUUUCCUACGGGGCUCUAGGCGGGAUGUGAAGAUGGACCUUUCAUGAUGCACAACGAUGGGUACCGUCGAUGCCUUCCACUUGUCGGCAAGUGCCUUGAACAUCGCCUAG